AUGCGCUUGACGUGGCUUGUAAGUGCAGCCCUUUUGGGACUGGCCAUCUGCGUGCCCAUUGAACGGCCCAAGGAGAAGCAAGAGGCAGAAACUCCCCCGGAUCAAGCGGACACAGGACUGUUCUACAACCGCUACCUUCAGGAAGUCAUAAAUGUGUUGGAAACGGAUGGGCACUUCCGAGAGAAACUCCAAGCGGCGGAUGCUGAGGACAUCAAGAGUGGGAAACUCAGCAAAGAGCUGGAUUUUGUCAGCCACCACGUCCGCACCAAACUGGACGAACUGAAGCGCCAGGAAGUGUCCCGGCUCCGGAUGCUUUUGAAGGCCAAGAUGGAUGCCACCAUGGAACAAGAUGUCCAGGUUGAUCACCGGACUUUACUGAAGCAAUUUGAGCAUCUAGACCCUCAAAACCAGCAUACGUUUGAAGCCCGAGACUUGGAGCUGCUCAUUCAGACGGCUACUAAGCACUUGGAAAACUUUGAUGCAGACCACCACAACGAGUUCAAACGCUACGAGAUGAUGAAGGAACACGAGCGUCGAGAAUACCUGAAGUCUCUGGAUGAGGAGAAGCGCCGGGAAGAGGAAGCGCGUUACGAGGAGCUCAAGAAGAAACACAAGGAGCACCCCAAAGUCAACGCCCCAGGAAGCAAAGAUCAGCUCAAGGAGGUCUGGCAGGAGACUGAUGGCUUAGACCCCAAUGAGUUCAACCCUAAGACCUUCUUCAACUUGCACGACACCAACAGCGACGGGGUCUUAGACGAGCAGGAGUUAGAGGCUCUUUUCACCAAGGAGCUGGAGAAGGUGUACGAUCCCCGUAACGAGGAAGAUGACAUGCUAGAAAUGGAAGAAGAGCGGCUGCGUAUGCGCGAACACGUCAUGAAAAAUGUGGAUCUAAACAGGGACCGGCUGGUGAACCUGGAUGAGUUUCUCAGAUCUACUCAGAAGAAGGAAUUUAAUGAAGCCGACGGAUGGAAGACGGUGGAAGAAACACAAGUCUAUUCUGAGGCGGAGCUUCAGCGCUUUGAGGCAGAGUUAGUGGCCCAGGAGGCGGAGUUAGGCCGGCGUGCAGAGCAGCUCCACAGGCAGCGCGAAGAACUUGAGCAGCGGCAGGUGCAGCUCAAUGCUCAAAAGAAGGAGUAUCAGCAGGCGGUGCUCCAAAUGGAACAGAGGAAAUCUCAGCCGCAACCCGAGCAAGGACACCCGGCUGGACCGGGGGGUGAGCUGAAGUUUCAGGCGCAGCCUCCCCACGCAGCCCCAGCAGACCAGGCCCGCCUGCCUGAUUCUCACCGCGAAGUCCCGGUCCAUGGCGGCGCUCCACAGAACCAAGCAGAACCUUCUCAGACCCAGCAGCAUCCCCAAGUUGCGAUCCACUAG